AUGUCAGAUUUAGAGAAAAGUCAAGGAAGUCCAAAGAUGGAGGAUUUCAAAACUUCAUCAGUUCAUUCCAAUGAUAAAUUAUUGAAAAAUACUGAAGGUGAAGUUACCAGAGGUUUAAAAGCUCGUCAUGUUACUAUGAUUUCCAUUGGGGGUACUAUUGGUACUGGGUUAUUUAUUGGUACUGGUUCUAUUUUAGCUGAUGCUGGUCCAGUUUCAUCAUUAAUUUCUUUCCUUUUCAUCGGUUCUCUAGCUUUCGGUGUUAUUCAAGCUUUAGGUGAAAUGGCUACUUAUAUUCCAAUUUCUGGUUCUUUUACUCAAUUCACUGCCAGAUGGUGUUCUCCUGCUUUAGGGGCUGCUAAUGGUUAUUCUUACUGGUUUUCUUGGGCCAUUACUUUUGCUUUAGAAUUAACUGUUAUUGGAGAAAUUGUAGGUUUUUGGACUGAUGCCGUUCCAACUGCUGCUUGGAUUGGUAUCUUUUGGGUUAUUUUAACUACUGCCAAUAUGUUCCCUGUUAAAUGGUAUGGGGAAAUCGAAUUUUGGAUUAGUUUCUUAAAAGUCGUAGCCGUCUUCGGUUGGUUAAUCUAUGCUUUCAUUAUUGUUUGUGGGGCUGGAAAAACUGGUCCAAUUGGUUUCAGAUAUUGGAGAAAUCCUGGUCCUUGGGGUCCUGGAAUUUUAGUUGAAAACGUCAAUACUGCUAGAUUUUUAGGUUGGUUAUCAUCAUUGAUCUCAGCUGCUUUCACUUUCCAAGGUUGUGAAUUAAUUGGUAUUGCUUCAGGUGAAAUGAAAUCUCCAAAAUCUUUACCAAAAGCUAUCAGAUCCAUUUAUAUUAGAAUUAUUUUAUUCUAUAUCUUAUCCAUGUUAUUCAUUGGAUUAUUAGUUCCUUACAAUGAUCCAAAAUUGAGUAGUGAUGGUGCUUAUUCUUUAGGUUCUCCAUUCAUUAUUGCUAUGCAAAAUGCUGGUACCAAAGCUUUACCUGAUAUUUUCAAUGCUGUUUUAGUUGUUACUAUCGUUUCUGCUGGUAACUCUAAUGUUUAUUGUGGUUCAAGAAUCUUAUUCGGUUUAGGUCAAGCUGGUGUUGGUCCAAAAUUCUUAACUUGGACUACUAAACAUGGUGUUCCUUAUGUUGCCGUUGCCAUUACUUCAGCUUUUGGUCUUUUAGGUUUCUUAGUCGUUUCAAACAACGGUUCAACCGUUUUCGAUUGGUUAUUGAACAUUACUGCUGUUGCUGGGUUGAUCUCUUGGGGUUGGAUUUCUGCUACUCAUUUAAGAUUCAUGUCAAUCUUAAAAUCAAGAGGUAUUUCAAGAGAUUCUUUACCUUACAAAGCGGUUUUAAUGCCUUACCUUUCACAAUAUUCUUCUAUCACCAUUUUAAUCCUUGUUUUCAUCCAAGGUUUCACUUGUUUCUGGGACUUUAAUGCUUCAAAAUUCUUUACUGCUUAUAUUUCAGUUAUUUUCUUUGUUGCUUUAUGGAUUUUCUUCCAUUUCUGGUUUAACGGAUUUGGUCCAGAAGCUUGGAAAUUAUCUUCAUUAUUAAUUCCAAAAGAAGAUUGUGAUAUCGACUCUGGGGUCAGAGAAAUAGAUGAAUAUUAUGUUGAACCUGAACCAAGAAACAUCUGGGAAAAGUUCUGGUUAUGGGUUGCUUAG